UGUGCUGAUGCUUCCCCUUUUCGGUUGCUACAUAUUCCCCUUCUCUGUUCGGUUCCGCCAAGGUUCUUCACUCGAAGAUCAGGCUGCUCCUGCUGCGCCACCUCUCCGUCCCCUUUCACCCAUGAUGCUCAUGGCUCCCCUCGCUUCUCCUUCCCUGCUGUUGCCUUCCCCUUCUUACCUCCAUUUCUAGCUUCCUUCCUUCCCUCCCUCCCCUUCCCUCUGAUUCUCCGCGUUUCGUCUUCUCUCUCUCUGCAAUUAUGUCUCUUCCCAUGCCCACCACGAUGCUACUGUCAUUCCGCGCUUCUCCUGCAUCUGUCACCAAUGCUGCAUCCUGCCAUUGCCACAGCCACAGCCACCGAUUCCUUAUCAACACGUUUCGAGACAUCGACCAUGGAUUACGAACUUCCCACCUCUCAUCUGCAUCUUCUUUUUCUAGCGCAGCUGUGUACUUGGAUGAUGUUGAUAUAGCAGCGGCUAGGACAGAUUGUCAACAGCCGAAUUCAAGUGGCAUUGUAAAUAGGAAUGCUCCUCUAAAUGACAUCAAAUGUGAUGGAAUGAGACCAGUGUUUGAGGCCCAUGGAAAGAGCAGUCGGAGGCGAGCCCUCUUGGCAGGAGGUUUGAUGCCAGUUAUGCUGCUGUCCUUCCCAUCAACAAAUAUUGCAGGAACUGUAACUCCUGCAAAGAUAGAUCUAUCCAAGGCUCCUACACACCCAUUUGAUGCUGGAGAUGAGCGUCUUCGUGAAGCAGCCUCCCUUUUCCAAAAAGCCCUUUCGGCUCCCACGGUGGAGGAAGAAGAGAGUUUGUGGACAGAAGUGAUUGACAAGUACGGGAAUCUUGAUGCCGAAUGGGUUUCGGACAUUGUAUCAAGAGCAUGGGGUAAUCGAGGAAACUCUCGCAGUCGUCAGGGAAAGAUGGAGGAGGCUCUAGCAGAUUUUGAUCGAUCCAUUGAGCUGGCUCCAUAUGCAGCAGAUCCAGUAUUGAACAGAGGUGUUACGUUGGAAAGCCUUGGACGCUAUGAAGAGGCUGCUGCAGACUACGAGGCGGUGCUUCUUGCUCAACCGAACGAUCCGGCUGCUUGGAAUAAUUUGGGCAACGUGAAGGCAGCUUCAGGACUAUGGGAUGAGGCCUUGUCAAACUACCGCCGAGCUGUUCAAAUUGCGCCAGAAUUUUCUUUUGCAGCUGCUAACUACGCAUUGAUUCUCUAUCAAGUUGGAAAAGAAAAUGAAGCAUUCAAGCAGUUUCGAUCGCUUCUUCGAAAAUACCCUGAGUUUCCAGAUGUGAGGGCAGCGCUAGCGGUGACCUUAUAUGCUCAAGGUCUAACAGCUGAGGCAGAGACUAACUGGGGGCGAGUUGAAGAUUUAAGAUACAGAGACCGAAAUUGGGUUCGUAAUACUCGGAAGUGGCCACCCCGACUUGUUAAGGCUCUAGAGGGAUUUCUAGACGUGAAGGCAGUAGCUAAGUGAUGUCUUAGGAGGAAGUCUGUUAAUACUCAUAUGAACUGGUUAGAACAUGCAGAUUUGGUGCAUAUGUAUAUCUAGUACAACUUUUUCAUAUCAUGAUUUUGAGGGAAUAUUCUGCUUGUGUCAUGAUCACUCCCUCUCUUGUAACAGUAAAUCUGCUGGGGUUUUCCCCAUCUCCAAGAAUUGUAAAAAUGUAACAGAAUUCAGGCGUUGCGUGCUCAA